AUGAUCAAGGCAUUGCAGCUGAACAAGUGGGCAAACCUUGGAUGUUUUGGACACAGGCUGCACAAUGCUAUUGAGAGGAGUGUCCAAAACGCUCCCGGGCCACAGGGGUGUGCGAUUUCCCGGGCCACAGGGGUUUGCAAAAAGGUGGUUAGCACGUUCUCAUACAGCUGGAAAAAGCAGAAGGCCCUGAUGACAGCACAGAAUGAACUAAGCCUGCCCCUGCACAAGCUCAUCACAGAAUCUCCGACAAGGUGGGGAUCUCGUCUGAAAAUGAUGGAAAGAGUCCUGGAGCAGGAAAAGGCCAUUACACAGGUCCUGGCAGGGGACAAAAAGACACGGCAUCUUGUACCUACCUGGCAAGACAUCCAGGUCUUGGAAUCAGUCACAGCAGCACUGAAGCCACUCCAGGACUUUACAGAUGCCCUGUCAGGAGAAGCGUAUGUGAGCGUGUCCUAUUUGAAGCCUGUCAUCAAUCUGUUAAAUGCAGAGGUUCUAAAUCUGAGCAAGGACGAUACAGAACUGACCAAAGAGAUCAAGAUCAAGGUUCUUGAUUACUUGAAUAACAAGUACACUGACCCUGCAACAGAUGAGCUGCUCUCCAUGGCUACCUUUCUAGAUCCAAGGUUCAAGACCAGGUACAUGUCCGCUGAGAAACUGGAGGACAUUAAGGUGAGAGCUGCCUCAGAGACCGAAGCCCUCCUGGUGGAGAACACAGCCCUGGGAAAAUCGUCUCUUGCAGAGGAUCACACUGACAGGGAGAAAGAAGCUUCCACUGCUCAUCAAUCAGGCAAGAAGCCCAAGAAGAGCCUUGGGAGCUUCUUUAAGCAGACCAGCAGUGCACCUGCCUCAUGUUCAGAGAGGCAGAUCAUUGAGCAAGAGCUGAAUAGCUACAUUCUGGCAACGGCAGCAGACAGCGAGUCUGAUCCUUUGGAGUGGUGGCGAUUUCACGGAUCUAAUUUUCCACGUGUGAGUUGUCUGGCAAAGAAAUACUUAUGCAUCCCUGUCACAAGUGCCCCCUCUGAGAGGGCAUUCAGCACUGGGGGCAAUGUGGUGACAUGUCACAGGGCAGCACUAAAGCCAGAAACAGUCAACAUGCUGGUAUUCCUGGCACGGAACUUGUGA